AUGGCUUCCUCACAGGAGGCGACUGUGCCGCUCCCAGCGCGGCCGAAGCGAAUUGUCUUCUUUCACCCAGACCUGGGGAUUGGCGGUGCCGAGAGGCUGAUCGUCGACGCUGCAGUCGGUUUACAAGAGCAGGGAAACAAAGUCACAAUCUUCACCUCGCAUUGCGACCCCAAUCAUUGCUUUGAAGAGGCACGAGAUGGCACCCUCGACGUCAGAGUUCGCGGAAACACACUCUUCCCCCCUACGUUCCUGAAUCGCUUCCACAUCCUGCUCGCAAUCCUUCGUCAGAUCCAUCUCGUUCUCUCGAUCGCAAUUUGGAGCAAUGAACUGAGCACAAUUAAACCCGAUGUCUUUGUGGUCGAUCAGUUGUCGGCCUGCGUGCCCUUGCUAAGAUGGUUAUACCCCCAUCGUCAACGCACCCUGUUCUAUUGCCAUUUCCCAGAUCAGUUACUUGCCGAUCGCCGGACUUCUGGCCUUCUUGGACUCGCAAAAAGAAUUUACAGGUUCCCUUUCGACUGGCUCGAAGGAUGGAGCAUGAGCGCAAGUGACAGGAUAGUCGUCAACUCCGAGUUCACAAAAUCCGUCGCCUCCAGAGUCUGGCCCUCCCUUGCCGAAUCACUAGGGGUCAUAUACCCUUGCGUCAGUAAUGGAGAAAAAGAGGAGGAUGGCAGAACAGACGAGAAGCCACUGUGGGACAAACAAUUCAAGGUUCUCCUCAGCAUAAAUCGAUUUGAGCGAAAAAAGGACAUCGGCCUGGCCAUCCGAGCGUAUCAUAAACUACCUCCCGCGGCCCUACGAGGUACCCGACUGAUCAUAGCCGGGGGCUACGACCAACGGGUGAGUGAAAAUGUGGAAUAUCAUAGAGAACUGGUGGACUUGGCCGAGGGGCUGGGUCUGUCUACUGCCACUGCCAAAACAGUACCGACGGCGUUAGGUAUUCCCAGCAGCAUACAAGUCUUAUUCAUGCUAUCCGUGCCAGGGUUCUUCAAAGAGACUCUCCUAAACACAGCGCGGCUGUUAUUAUACACUCCGUCGAAUGAGCAUUUUGGCAUUGUACCAGUGGAAGCUAUGCACCACGGAGUCCCUGUUCUGGCUUCAAACUCUGGCGGACCGCUGGAGACCAUUGUCGAAGACGAAACAGGUUGGUUACGUGACGCAUCCAAAGUGGAAGAAUGGACCGCAGUCAUCAACAAAGUAUUGCACGAACUCAGCCCGCCUGACCUCCAGAUGAUCGGUCGAAAUGGGCGAGAAAGAGUCCGUGAGCAUUUUACUAGGAGUACGAUGGCAGGGAAAUUCGACGAUGAAAUGACCGUGAUGCUGAAGAGCAAACGAAGCACCUUUCUGGAGAGGAAAGACAUUGUCCUGGCAGUCUGGCUCACGGCGGCUUGUGCGGCAGCAAUACUGGCUACAGUCAUCAAGGCCAAGUAUGGUCGAGGGGAUAGGAGGGCGAGUGAAUUUGCACGCGCUAGGAGAAUGAAUCCCGAUGCAGAUCAGCAGCUGCAAUUCUUCCAUAACAGAGGACAAUAG